GUUCAUGUGUGAGCUUUUUGUGUUAUAAUUGAGUCUCAUAAUCAAGCUUGAAUAGAACUUUUCUUAGGAAAAAGUAAAUAGUUUGAGACAUGAGUGUUCCCGAUCAGGCAGUCUAUUUCCUUUGCAAAAGUGUUGCAACACAAAUCAUGUAUGCGCGAGUGGGAACUCGCACAUACACAGUAAAAUAAAGUGAAUUGCAUCUACAAUAAAGUCAAGCACUGCUAAGACAAAGCUUGUAUCUGCAAACUUACCUCACAGUUUAAAUGAUCUUACUUUCAAUAGUCUGAUUCCAGCAAGAAUCCAGUGUUGGAUGUAAAUUACUACAUCAUGUACGGACUUGCCAUUUCAGGCAAAGUGAAAAGUGGGCUGGGACAAACAAGUUAAUUGAAUGCCUUCUUUACUGCCUGUUCUUUUUAUCAUUGUCACAAAUGCCUUUUCUUGCAGCUCCUAAUAGUCAUGUUUUGUAUUUUUGAAAUACAAAAUUUUUCACACUAUGCUUGGAAUAUACGAAACCCAGCUCUGACUUUCCUUGAGCCCUAUUGUGUAUUUAGGCAUAGCUUUUCUUUUUAUUGCUCUGCAAUAGAUGGAUUACAUAAUUUUAAAAAUAAAUGUGUGUGUUUUCUUUUUCCACAGCUACCUAUACUUCAGAAACAUGGAAUAACCCAUGUAAUAUGCAUACGGCAAAACAUUGAAGCAAACUUUAUUAAACCAAACUUCCAACAGUUAUUUAGGUAUUUAGUCUUGGAUAUUGCAGAUAAUCCAGUUGAGAAUAUAAUACGAUUUUUCCCCAUGACUAAAGAAUUUAUUGAUGGAAGUUUACAAAGUGGAGGGAAAGUCCUUGUCCAUGGAAAUGCAGGGAUUUCUAGAAGUGCUGCCUUAGUUAUUGCAUACAUAAUGGAAACAUUUGGGGUGAAGUACAGGGAUGCAUUUACUUAUGUUCAAGAAAGAAGAUUCUGUAUUAAUCCGAAUGCUGGAUUUGUCCAUCAACUUCAGGAAUAUGAAGCCAUCUAUCUAGCAAAAUUAACCAUCCAGAUGAUGUCACCACUGCAGUUAGAGAGAUCCCUCGCAGUUCCAGCUGGUACUACAGGAAGUUUAAAGCGAAUGCACGAAGAGGAUGAAGAACUUGGAACCAUGCAUGUGGCAGCAGCACAGAACAGAUGAUACCUGAGGACAAGCACUGUUUUUAUUGUGAAUUCCUGACAAGAAAGGUGAAGAAAACUAGGAGAAAAAAAGAAUUAAUAAGCAAAACAAUGAACACACACAUAGCUUCUUUUCAAUUACAUGUUGCUUCCAGAUGUAAAUCUGCCUCUGCAACACACUAAGCAUCAUUUUUAAGAUGUUGGACUUCUUGAAUGAAUAGAUGGCACUGAUUGUUUUACUCCUUUUUUACACUUUACAGUUUUAUUCUAAACCAAGAUUUUUGGACUUGCAAAGAGGUAUUAUUGCAAUAAUGCACUUUUCAUACUUGAAAUUUCUUUAUUUGUAUGAUAUAAAGUUAUUACUUUAAACAAAAUGCAAGCUGGGGGGGAUUUGUUUAUAAAGUUAUUUGUGUAAUUUAUAACAAGAGACUUUAGUAAAGAAAAAGUUUGCUAAAACUCA